ACUAACUUCCCCAUCUUUCUCCUCCCCAUUCCUCACCGCCACCGCCACCGCCACCGCCGCCGUCAUCUCCACCGCCGCUGCUCGUAGCUGUUACAGCUCUCCUUAUCUGCUCCGUUCACAUGGGUGACCAGACCCACACCCAAAUUGAAACCCGUCCGCUACCCGAAUCGGAAUCCCACUCCCAAAUCGUCGAAAUCCCCAAUACGCUACACGAUUCUAAACCCCAAUCUUCGCCGCUUACCACAGCACCCGAUUCCGACUCCAAUCCCCAGAUUUGCCAUCCCCAAACCGCCUCUGUUGCCGAGGCUUCCCUUGCCGCCGCCGCCGCCGCUACUGAAAUCUCCAACAAUUCCCAGAAUCCCUCCAAAAUUCCGAUUCGACCUCAAAAAAUUCGUAAACUUUCCACCACCGCCGGAAAAUCUUCGACGCCUCAAUCCACCGCCGAUGAGGCGUCCGUCUCCGCUUCCCCUUCCUUGCCCCUCACCCCCGCCGCCGGCGCUGCUUCCACCGUCGCCAGUCCCGCCACGCCCUCCACGACCCACACCGCAAAAAACCGGCGGCGGAGCGCCUCUCAAGCCUCUAGAGCUAUGCCCCAAAUCAUCAAACCCUUAUCCGCUGAUGGAGAAAUUGAAUUAGCAAUCCGCCACCUCCGUGCAGUCGACCCUCUGCUGGGCCCACUGAUCGACACACACCUCCCGUUUCAAUUCGACUCCCAACAACCCCCAUUCCUCGCCCUCACCAAGAGCAUUCUCUACCAGCAGCUUGCGUGUAAAGCCGGCACCUCCAUUUACACACGCUUUGUCUCACUAUGUGGUGCCGAGGAAUCCGUCUGCCCUGACACCGUCCUUUCUCUCUCCACCCAACAGCUCAAGGCAAUUGGGGUUUCCGGCCGCAAAGCUAGCUACUUGUACGAUCUGGCGAAUAAGUACAAAUCGGGGAUUCUUUCAGAUGACACGGUUGUCAAGAUGGACGACAGGUCACUGUUCACAAUGCUGUCCAUGGUGAAGGGGAUAGGUUCUUGGUCUGUCCAUAUGUUCAUGAUAUUCUCUCUGCAUAGACCGGAUGUUUUGCCCGUCAGUGAUUUAGGGGUUAGGAAAGGGGUGCAGAUGUUGAACGGUUUGGAUGAGUUGCCUCGGCCUUCACAGAUGGAACAGUUGUGUGAGAAGUGGAAGCCUUACAGGUCAGUCGGUGCAUGGUACAUGUGGCGGUUUGUUGAAGGAAAGGGAGCCGCUGGUUCUGGGGUGGCUCUUGAAGAUGGUGUCGUGCAGCCAUUGCAGCAGGUAGAGCCGCAACAGGACGGACAUCAGCAUCAACAUCAGCUUCAGCAUCAGCUGCAGUUUGUGGAACCGGUUAACGGCAUUGGCAAUAUGGGGGCAUGCAUUUGGAACCAGUAAUAAGUGAACAACAGCCUGCUGCCGAGUUAAUGAUUGAAGAGAUUUCUGUUACUUACUCUUACCCGAUGAAUAGGCGAUUUAUUCCCAGCGAGGCUAGAAGAUAAUUUUCCCAAUAAUUCUCCGGUUUUGCUUUGUGUAAGCUAGCUCGUGUUCAUUUUAUUUGAAGUUGAUAAACUUUCUUUAGAAUUAGCAGAAGCUAGGAAUUCCGAUAACGGACUUGAAUUGAGUCUAUUAAUAUCUGAAAAACGAGAGUACAAAAAUCGCAUUUACUGGCUCUUUUAAUUGUUCGUGAAGCUUUUAUUUUAAAGCGGUAUCGGUACGUAUUUAGAUCUUUAGUUUUCUUUUCAUAUUUCCUGGACUUGAAUGAUUAUAUCUUUUGAAAUUUGAAUUUGUAUAAAUUAGUGUGGAUUCGUUAA